UGGUGCUCGCUGUUUUUGUAUGUGCUUCAGAGCUGAUUCAACCGCCAACUAACUUACGUUUUGCCAUGUCACAGCACAGCGGAUAAGUUUGAGAGCAGUUUACAUAAAAAAAUAUCCACUUCUACUGGACACACAGAAGCGCGCUGUCGGGCAUAAGGUGUAAACGGAGGAUGUGUGUUGUUUUUUAGAGGGGAAGCCCGGCGCUGAGUUUUGAGCCGUCAUCAUUACUGUAAUAAGCUAAGGUUACAGAGCCGAGCCAAGAGCCUCAUGUUUUCGUCAAGCCAAGAGGAGCACUGCGCUCCUUCCAAAGACCCGGUAAAAUACGGGGAGCUGGUGGUGCUGGGAUACAACGGUUCUCUACCCAACGGAGACCGGGGAAGACGGAAAAGCAGAUUUGCCCUGUACAAGAGGACCAAAGCCAAUGGUGUUAAGCCGAGCACUGUCCAUAUCCUCAACACACCCCAGGCCAGCAAGGCGGUGAACUGUAAAGGCCAACACAGCAUCUCCUACACACUGUCCAGGAACCAGACUGUGGUGGUGGAGUACAGCCAUGACAAAGACACAGACAUGUUUCAGAUUGGGCGUUCCACAGAAAGUCCCAUAGACUUCGUGGUGACGGACACAGUAGCAGGAGGUCAGGAGGGAGAAGAGACUCCCAUCACACAGAGCACAAUCUCUCGUUUCGCCUGUCGAAUCGUCUGCGAACGCAACCCUCCCUACACCGCCCGCAUCUAUGCAGCUGGAUUUGACUCCUCCAAAAACAUCUUCCUGGGGGAAAAAGCAGCCAAGUGGAAAAACCCUGACGGCCACAUGGACGGACUCACGACCAACGGCGUCCUGGUGAUGCAUCCAAAGGGUGGAUUCACGGAAGAGUCGAAGCCCGGGGUCUGGAGAGAAAUCUCCGUCUGUGGAGAUGUUUACACUCUGAGAGAGACUCGCUCGGCGCAGACCCCUGGAAAACUGGCGGAAAAAGAAAGACUGUGUGGGACAUUCGCCGACAAAUUAAAUUUGAAUUACGUGGAGAAUGAGAGUAACAUACUUCAGGACGGCUCCCUGGUGGAUCUCUGCGGUGCUACGUUACUGUGGCGUACGGCCGAGGGUCUCUUUCACACUCCCACCCAAAAACACCUGGAGGCUCUCAGGCAGGAGAUCAACGCGGCGCGGCCACAGUGUCCCGUCGGCCUCAACACUCUGGCUUUCCCCAGCAUGCAACGCAGCCGCGCCCUCUCCUCGCUGGAGGAGAAGCAGCCCUGGGUCUACUUGGCCUGCGGGCACGUGCACGGCUACCACAACUGGGGUCACCGUUCGGAGCAGGAGGCCAACGCCGAGCGAGAAUGUCCAAUGUGUCGCGUGGUGGGGCCCUACGUACCUCUCUGGCUGGGCUGCGAGCCGGCCUUCUACGUGGACGCGGGCGCGCCCACGUACGCCUUCGUGCCUUGCGGACACGUGUGUUCAGAGAAGUCGGUGAAAUACUGGGCGGACAUCCCUCUGCCCCACGGGACCCACGCCUUCCACGCCGCCUGUCCCUUCUGCGCCACACAACUCAGUCUGACUCAGGGCUGUUCCAAACUGAUCUUCCAGGGCCCCGUGGACUGAUCCUGCUGACGGUCCUGCUGCGGCAGAGAGGGGGCGACUGGGACGCCAACAUGCUGUGAAACUGUUCCGAUGACUUAAUGCUUUCUUUUGUUCGUGUGAGACGUCUUUGGAUUGGACGAGGAGUCCGUCCCCUGAACCUCUGGUCAUAUACUGUGGAUCCUGCACAAAAAAAAAAGACAAUACACGUUGUUCUGGGCCCCUGGUGUCUUUUUGGACGGCCACUGUGGGAUAUACACAGAUGUGGAGCACAGUGGACCACAGUUCUUUGGACUCCAGUACAGUUUUUAUAAAUCCUGCCAACCAACUGCUUUAAAAAAAAAAAGCCCAUUGUAGCUGUGACUACAAUGGCUGCUAUUUUUCCAUCAGAGCGCAGGAGGAUUAAGGUUUGUUUUUGCUCAUGAAUUAGACUGAACCUAAUAAUAGUGAGCGGAGGUUGAUGGUUCUGUCCAGAGAGAACUGGAUUGAUUUUCUUCCUGAAGGGUCAGAAGGAAAGUCUUUCCAAAGCCUGACAGCUGGACUGUUGGCUGGGAGUAAAACCGCCACCGACCGGGACCUGGUUUUGAUGGGAAACUAGUCGAGCCUUGAUCCUGACCUUACAGCUCUGCAGAGUGGCUUUGUUUGCAGAACGAACGGGGGUUAUGUUCCAUAUGAAUUUUUUUUUUUUAAAUCUCAGAGAUAAGAAAUAUUUUGUCGAUAGCAUAAAAGAGGUAAUUUUAUAUCCAGAAGACAUAAGGAAAUGAAAACCCACACGGAUUCUUCACAUUUGUAUCCGACAGAUUAUAUAGUAGUAUUUUACUACACUGAGGCCCUUGUACUGUUUCAUAUUACAAAUGUUAAUAUAUUUUUUUUCUCCUGCAUAGACACUAUUUACAUGAAUGUUUGUGUGUGUGUGUGUGUGUGUGUGUGAGAAUGUGAUGGGGCUGGACUUUGCGAGUGCCCUGCGGUGUUUUUAUGUUUAUCACUUCCUCAGUCAAUGCCCUCUUUGUUAUCAUUCUGAAAAGGAAUGCAGGAAAACAAAAAAACGACAACGCAGGGUUUGACAGUCAAAGUACGGAGAUAGAGCUGCAGCUGUUGAUUUUUUUUUUCUCUAAUCGAUCGAUCUAUCGCAGGGGUGUCAAACAUAUGGCCCGCAGCCCAAAACCAGCCUGCUGGGGUGUCCAAUCAGGCCGGCUUGAUUAAUUUAGUACAUAUAUUUUUAAAGAAAAUAUGGAAAUUACAAUAACAAACGUUUUGUAUGUUAUUUUUUUAUGAUUUUAUUUUUAUUUUACUCACUUAUGCCUUGUCUCUCUGGAGUUUCACUCCAGUGGAAAAAAAGUCUGAUUCUGGAAAACAUUUUAUCAAAUAAUAAUUUAAUUAAUGGCUGCAGCUCUAAACUUCUACUUCAACUGUACUCAACUCCUCGUCCAAAGGCUACAUUGUUUGAAGUACAGGUACGGCCUAAUUGCAGUGAAAGACGACAUCCGUGUGAGACAACCAGGCCUGCCUGAGCUCCCCGUGUCCUUUACUCCCCUUUUCUCCCCUUUUCUCCUCUUCUUUGUGUACUGUGUUCAGUCAACACUGCUUUUGUUUAUAGCUUUAUCCCGUUUCUGGGUUCCAUCCAAUGAUUUAUUGGCUCUCCAACUUGGGCUCAGCCACAGCAGCAUUCAGAGAUUAUACCAAAUAUAAGUCGGAGACGUUUUUCUCUCCCUAUGCAAGAUGUAAAGCUGAAGUGCUGCUGUGGUGGAGUGUGACAGCUCUGGAUUACACUCAGGACUGUUCACUUGAAAGCACCAGCACUGUGGGAACUAUGAUAUUGUCACACGUGGUGCCAAGUUUGAGAAGCCGUGUGGGAAGAAAGAGUUGAUGUGUCCAAAAAUAAUUAGAAAAACUAAAGAAUCUGGAAAGGAAUCGGUGCAGUCGUCGAGACGUGGUUAUCUUUCCAGUCUGCUCGUCUCUGUAGUCUAGUCAAAGCAUUAACCCUGACACUGUUUUACCAAAUAUAUUUUACAAACGUUAAAUUAUGAGACGCUGACUGUCAAGUUUCCAAAUAUAGCGUUAUAGUUUUCCAUUGUAGAAGUUCUCCAAAAUUGUAUGAUGUUAAAAAACUCCGAGGUAUUGCUCAGAGGCAGAGUCCACCAUGAUUAAAGGCUCCUGCCAGGAGAGAUAGUGUCUCGGUGUCAGUGGUGGGCUGUAGGGACAUUUACUCUCUGGUUCCUCCCUCAGAGAAACAUACUCAACAUUCUUCCAGAAGCAUUAACACUUUGCUCGUACCACAGUGCAUUUCCAAAUUUCCUGUAAUUGCCGUGCAGGGUCAAGUGCAAAGUCACAUACUGUACAGUAGCAUUCCUUACAAAGACUUCCAGCUCCAACACUGUGCCUGUCGUCGCUUAAGACCAUGUUCUGUAACAGCUGCAGAGGAGCAGCCUGAAACAUUCCUCCUUGGUAAACAUGGGUGGGGCCCUCAGUUCACUAAAGGGCUUGUUCUAUGAUUUGGUCUCCUGCAGGAGUUCUGCACACAAGCCAUGGAACGCACUGAUGCUCCCUAUGCCUCUUUUUGUUGUUGUUGGUUUUUUUUCAAAGAAUAAAAAAUAUUUUUGAAAACA